UUUUUCUUUUCUCUUUUCUUUUCUUCACUCAUCUCAUCCAUCAACCCAUUCCUGCCUUCUCGGCGUCUCUUUUUCUUUUUCUUUUCUUUUUUCCCUUGACUUUCUAACGACCACUCACUUUCAUACUUUGAAUAAGGUCCCAUUCACACAUCCCUCAUCAACAUCAUCAACAUCCGACAACCCGUACCUUUCCCCCUCUACCCAUCACCAUAGUCAAUUCAUCAUCAAUAAUACCGCAACAACAUAAACAAAUGGCGGCAUUCGCAUCAUUCCAUACAUCUUGGCUCUUGUGCCUAGCCCUUCUGUUGUUGGGGGCCUCCAUCCUUCCUGAAAACACUGCAGAGGCCCACAUGGCCUUGCUCUAUCCUCCUCCCCGUGGUGGAUAUGGCACCAAGCACUUCAAUUGGAGAAUUCACGAGUUCAUCGGCUCCCGUGGAUUCAAGUAUCCUUGCGGUGGAUACCCAAGGGGCCCUGUUACCCCUCUUAAGGCUGGUCAACUCGUCCCUGUCCGUUUCUGGACCUCAGCGAUCCGUGAUGCCAGCCGCUUGCCCAAGAAGUCAAUCCCUCAGGCUCGUCAUGGUGGUGGCUUGUGCGAGUUCUCUCUCUCGUACAACAACGGCAGAACCUACCAUCUCAUUGCAACCUACUCCAAGACCUGCCCCGAUGCUGUCUAUGAAUGGCCCGUCAGAAUCCCCGAUAACGUUCCUUCCUGCAACAAGCCCGGUCAAUGCUUGUUCGUCUGGAGCUGGACUGCUGCCUUGAUUCCUCAGUUCUACCACAACUGCGCUGAUGUAACCAUCCAGGGCGUCAAGAACGGCAAAUUGCCCGAGAAGGGCAUUCAGCUUUAUGACUUCAAGGGCCACAGGAUGAAUGUUGUCUUCCCUGGUGAUCGCAACUCCAAGAGAGCCGGUCCUGGACCAUUGAAGAAGGAAGUCGCAGAAGCAAGCCGUAGAAAGCGCGUGUAAAAAAAAAAAAAUCUUUUUUUUUUUUUCUCUUUCUCCCU